AUGCGCCGGGAGGUUGCAGACCUGUUCCAGGAGGAAAUUAAGGCUGCCUACGCCAAGUUGGAUAAUGAGGUGACUGCGGGCGAUGCCAUUACCGACACAUCUGAUAUCGUCACGAGUGUCCAAAAGAUGGUCAGGGCGGUGGCGACGAACUUGUUCUCCGAUUCUCAUUUGGAUGUUGGCGAAGAGGAUGAUUUGUUCGAGCGGGGCAUGGACUCCCUUCAGUGUGUUCGGCUGGCCAGACUACUCAAUUCGGCCCUGAGCGAAAAGCAUGCCAGGUGCGAGGCCAAUUCUCAGCAACUGAUCACCAAGGAGUUUGUUUACGCGCACCCAUCCAUUUGGCGUCUCGCUCAAGCAGUAACCCAGUUACUCUAUGAGCAAGGAGAAACGACAGGCGGCAGUACGGAGUCUCAGGACACUCCAGGUCCCGCCUCACGACUGAGUAACAUUCGGGCGCUUUUGGGUGACUGCGUCCGAGAUAUCCGCGCCCAGACCACGCCCGGAAGCCCAAAGACCAUUUUCACUGUCGCAGUUACUGGAGCGACUGGUAAUCUUGGCGCCAAUGUCGUGGCUCAGCUAGCUUCCAACCCACUGGUCAAGAAAACCAUCUGCCUCGUGCGAGAAGGGACUGGUGGACAGAGCACCCCCGAACAGCGUGUCAGAACAGCUCUGGGGGCUGCUGGCCUGAGCUUGAGCCCACAGCAAUGGGCUUCAGCAGAGUUGCGGACCAGGUGUCCCAUAUCAUCCACCUGGCGUGGCCGAUGGACUUCCAUCGCACGCUCGAAAGUUUCCGGCCGCAACUCCCGCGCAACGCAGGGACUGAUUCGACUUGCCAGGGCUGCACGAUUGCGCGGCGCCGGGGCAGCCACAGGCCGGGUCCGCCUCGUCUUUGCAUCGUCCAUUGCCGUGGUGCGGGGCUUUUCCGAUGAGCAAGGUUCCAUGUACGGCCCCUCUGCAACGGGCGCCGUCCCGGAAAUGGGGUUUUAUGACCCGCGCAUUGCCACGCCCAUGGGCUAUGCGGAAGCGAAGUGGGUGUGUGAGCAAAUGCUCGCGCAAGUCAGUCAAGAGCUGCGGGACGAAGUUGAGCCUGUUGUUGUGCGCAUCGGGCAGCUCAGUGGGCCAGAGAGCGGUGAGGGCAUAUGGAAGACGGCAGAGCACAUUCCCGCGCUGGUGAAAGCGAGUCAGAUGGUGGGGAGUUUGCCGACUCUUGAAGGGACAGCGUCGUGGCUGCCUGUCGACCGUGCUGCCAAAUCUCUUGCGGAAAUAGCUUUACACGCAGCGGAUGUCCCUCUGUUCUUGCACCUGGAGAAUCCUGUCCGGCAGCCCCUAGCCGAUAUCUGCGCCUUUUUUGCGGCGGAGCUUGGUCUGCCCACCAAGACUAUCUCAUUUGAGGAGUGGAUGCAACAGUCUUGUGAUGCUGGGGCACUUCGCUCGUUAGAGCGGUUUUUCAGGGACCAUUUUCGGCCUUUAGCUGGCGGGUCUGUAGUGCUCGAUACCGCGAGGGCUUUGGCUGUAUCAGAAACUUUGCGAAGUAGCGGAGGGGUCCCUCAGCAGCUGAUUGCGAAAUAUGUGGCGCGGUGGCGGAAGGAGGGCUUUCUCGAGUAG